GUGGAUGACGGGAUGUGCAAUGCGCCUGAAGGGAGCGAAAGUUGACCUCCUUUUACCGACCGGUGCUCUCAACCAAGGUCGCGACCAGAAAAUCACACGUUCCCCGCUGGCUCCCUGAUCGCCCUUGAUCUGUUAUUUCUCUGUCCUUGGCCUCCCGCCUCGUCCCAAAACUCGUGUCCGUUGCAUCCUGCACCUUUUUGCCGCAAUCGUUAGUCUCGACUGUCCUACAAAGCAACCAACCCCCAACACCACGUCAAGCUUCUUUUUGAUCAACGCGAACACUCGGCAACCAUGGCGUCCGGCGCAAGCGGGUCGUACAACAAUCCCCUCAAGAAGUUCAAGCUUGUCUUCUUGGGUGAACAGAGUGUGGGGAAAACAUCUCUCAUUACUCGGUUCAUGUACGAUUCAUUCGACAACAUGUACCAAGCGACCAUCGGAAUCGACUUUCUCUCCAAGACCAUGUACCUCGAGGAUCGCACUGUCAGACUACAGCUUUGGGAUACCGCCGGUCAAGAACGCUUCCGUAGUUUAAUUCCUUCGUACAUCCGCGACUCCAGCGUUGCCGUUGUUGUCUACGAUAUCUCAAAUGCGAAGUCUUUCCAGAACACAAAGAAGUGGAUAGACGAUGUGCGGGCCGAGAGAGGAAAUGACGUGAUCAUUGUCCUCGUUGGCAACAAGACGGAUUUGAACGACAAGAGAGAGGUGACGACCCAGCAGGGCGAGGAGGAGGCCAAGAAGAACAACCUUAUGUUUGUGGAGACCAGCGCGAAGCUGGGCCACAACGUCAAGACGUUGUUCAAGAGAAUAGCGCAGGCUCUUCCGGGUAUGGAAGGAACAGACGCCGCAGCGCAGGCCUCUAGCCAAAUGAUUGAUGUGAAGACAACCCCGGCCCAGUCCUCGCAAGAGGGAUGCGCGUGCUAGACGAAAUUGGUAGAUGAAAGUGGAAAACUGUGGCAAACCCAAGGCGAGACUUAUGACGAACGACGGGGGGCUGAAUGGCCGUUACGUUACGAGCAUGACUGGCGGGGCAGGACAUCUUAAGCAUAGCGUGCAAUGGGGAUUUCAGCAUUCAGCUGCAGUUUGUAUAACAACGGGCUAUAAUCCACGGUCGCUAGUACAUACCUACAUUUAAUGGCUCUUUUUCUU